UAUUUUCUCCAACAGCAAACCAAAGACCGAGAGAGAGAGAAGAAGAAGAAGAAGAAGAAGCAACAGGAGAGAGUGAGUGAGAUGGCGCUGAGAGCAGCCCUUCUGCGGCACGUGCGAGUUCCACUACAAACCCUAAACCCAGCGGUAACCCUAACCGGACCCAAAUGGGGCCCACCUCAUCUCCGGUGGAUGUCUUCGCACGACGAUCAUCUCACCAAAAACGAGGUCACCGAUAGAGUCCUCUCCGUCGUCAAGUGCUUCCCCAAAGUCGAUCCUUCUACGGUGACUCCUGAUGUACAUUUCCAAAAAGAUUUGGGCUUGGAUAGCUUGGAUAAUGUGGAGAUUGUAAUGGCUCUAGAAGAAGAGUUCAAGCUUGAGAUUCCAGACAAGGAAGCUGAUAAGAUUGAUUCUACAAAUCUGGCCAUUGAGUACAUCUAUAACCAUCCAAUGGCUUCGUAACUACCUUUAGCAGCAGGCUUGUCUCAUUACAUGAGCUGUUGAAACGUAUUUUUGUUAUCGAUGUGACAUUUGUAGGAAUUUGCUCAUCAUGUGGGCUGGAAAUAAUUUGCAUCUGUCUGAAAGAGAGUAUUCUUCCUGGAACUGUUGUUUAAACAUCUUUGCAUUGUUUUGAUUGUAAACAGUGACAUGUUCUAUCC